UUACUCGAUAUGGAUCCAAAUGAUGAGCCAGAGGAAGAUGGCGCCAAUAUUGAUCUCGAUGCACAUCGAAAAGGAAAAUGCGCUGUAAUUAAGACCUCUACACGACAAACAAUAUUCUUGCCUUUAAUUGGACUUGUUGAUCCAGCUACUUUAAAACCAGGUGAUUUAAUCGGCGUAAACAAGGAUAGUUAUUUAGUUUUGGAUACGUUACCUGCUGAAUAUGAUUCUCGUGUUAAAGCUAUGGAAGUUGAUGAAAAACCAACUGAAGACUAUAAUGACAUUGGAGGUUUAGAUAAACAGAUUGAGGAAUUGGUAGAGGCUAUCGUGCUUCCCAUGACACAUGCUGAUAGAUUCAAAAAUUUGGGUAUUAAGCCACCAAAAGGUGUUUUAAUGUAUGGUCCGCCUGGCACGGGUAAAACAUUACUGGCCAGGGCUUGUGCAGCUCAAACCAAUUCCGCAUAUUUAAAAUUAGCUGGGCCACAACUCGUUCAGAUGUUUAUCGGUGAUGGUGCCAAACUCGUUCGUGACGCGUUUAAUUUAGCAAAAGAAAAGGCGCCUUCCAUUAUUUUCAUAGAUGAAUUGGACGCUAUAGGAACCAAACGUUUUGAUAGUGAAAAAAGUGGUGAUCGAGAAGUACAACGAACAAUGUUGGAAUUGUUAAAUCAACUUGACGGAUUCAGCAGUGAUGAAAGGAUUAAGGUGAUUGCUGCUACGAAUCGUAUUGAUAUUUUGGACCCAGCACUCUUGCGAUCAGGGCGACUUGAUCGAAAGAUAGAGUUUCCGCUUCCAAAUGAAGAGGCACGUGCACGUAUUCUUCAGAUUCAUUCACGUAAGAUGACUGUUGGUUCCGAUGUAAAUUAUGAAGAAUUAGCUCGUUGUUGUGAUGAAUUCAACGGCGCCCAAUGUAAAGCUGUUUGUGUUGAAGCUGGUAUGUUGGCUUUAAGAAGAAAUGCAACCGAAUUGAAUCAUGAAGAUUUUAUGGACG